UGUUCAGCUUGUUCAGGUAAACCUGAUGUUAUUAGACAAAGAAAUGAACUCUGCAAUUUGGUAAAAGGAUUGUAUCUUAAUAUAACAUCUUUCCACUACAACCAUGCAUAGAGCUUUAUUGUGUAUUGCCUAACUAGAGUAGUGUAUCAUAAUGCCUGGACCAGCAACGCUUCGGUUCAUUAACGCCUCCUUCAACACCACCAGCAUUCUACACUUACACUGUUAUGUCAUGUUGCAGAGCUCAGAGGUCCCCAACAGCUCAUGGUGUGAGCUUGAAGGGCUCAAGCGCAGUGUUGCCCUGCUGAGGGGAAACAACCUGCAUUUGGCAACGCUGAUCACGGACCGACAUCGCCAGGUUGCCAAAUGGGUGAGAGAGGAGCUGAUCCCUGAAGGGACACAGCAUUAUUUUGACGUGUGGCACAUUGCCAAAAGUCUGGGGAAGGCAUUGGAUGCAGCAUCCAAAGAGUGUGACCAACUACAGUUGUGGAGGCCAGCUAUAGUGAAUCACCUCUAUUGGACUGCAGCCUCAACCCCAGAUGGCAACCCAGCGGUCAUGGAGGCCAAAUGGAGAAGUUUAGUGAACCACAUCCAGGACAUCCAUGACCAUGACACCCCUGCCUUCUCCAGUUGUGCCCAUGGCCCUCUAGACGAAGAUCAGCGCAACAAAGAGUGGCUGGACCCAGGCUCAUUGGCAGCAGUCAAGUUGGAGAACAUAAUGAUGAGGGCUGCCUUGCUGAAAGAUGUUCGUCAGCUGUCUCCACAGCACCAGACCUUCUCCCUUGAGGCUUACCACUCCCUCAUCUUGCACUUCGCGCCCAAGCACACUGGGUUUUCAUACCUUGGGAUGUAUAGCAGGCUUCUCUUAGCGGCGCUGCAUUAUAAUCACAAUGCCAAUCGCGAGACAGCACGGAGAAGUGACGGGACGGAGAAGUACUGCGUGCGGUAUCCGCGCUUCAGAAAAGGUGCCCAUGUGGUGCGUCCCAUCAAAGAGGCAGCCUCAUACGGUUAUGCAACAUCAUUAAUGAAGGCCCUUCGGGAGAGCUACGCCAAUUCACCCGCGGUUCUUCGAGAGGUUGGCGCCAAUUUGUCCUCCGAUGCACCCGCCCCCAUCGCCAAAUCCUUCGAACAGAUUCCUAAGGAGGAGGCCAUCAGCCUCUACCUAGCCCGGCAGUCACGCUUCAAGAAAACCACGGACAAGUCCAAUGAUUUAGUUGUUAUUAUUUGCAUGAAAUUUCUUUGUAUAUAA